AUGAACACAAUCGUCGCACUGAUGAUCGCUACGGUGAUCGGUAUCAUGAUCCUGCCGCGCUAUUACGCCAUGGUCGAGAAUGGCACGCGUCAGGGUAGUCUUGCCGUGACCGCCGGACAGUUUCAGGAUCUCAUCCGGGCAGCCGGACAAUAUGAAAACGCGCACACCAGCGAGCUGACGGCUGCUGUUCCGGUUGGCGGAACCACGCAGAUUGCACUGUCAACGCUCAUCAGCGAACACGACCUUCCGCCUGCGUUCACGGCGACAAACCCGGACGGACAGAUCUGGAGUGUUUACAUCCAGCAGCCGACCUCUGGUGUGCUGAGUGCCGUCAUCGAAAGCAGUGGCGGUACGUCCUAUAUUCCAAAGGACGAAGUCUCUGUCGCGUCUAUGACGGGGCAUCAGGGUGGCUUUGUUCCCUAUGAUGGCAUGCUUGGUGGACUGACGGCCGACACGGCUUACGGCGCAAGCGGAACCUGGCGUUUCAAUAUGGCGGGCCUCCCCAACCCUGGCCCCGGGCAUCUUGUCGGUCUGGUCUCUGCCGGUGCGGGGUCAUCGGACGCUGGCGUGACGACGAACGACUACCUGUAUCGCACCGCCGUGGCUGGGCACCCAGAGCUCAACACGAUGCGAACCCCGCUGGAUAUGGGCGGCAACAGCAUCAAUAACGCCAAUGAUGUCAACGCAACGCGCGGCGUGUUCGCAGGAGGCAAUCCGAACGGCGGCUAUGGCGGGGUGAAGGUGGCGAGUGCCUACCUGUACGGCGACGACAAUAAUGCUGCCGUCAGAACACCAGGCGCUGUCUUUCUGCAGCAUUAUGAUGGGUCAUCGGCUGAUCUAUGGGCCGGCCAAGGGCAUUUUGGUUCUAACAUCGGGACGCGCGGAUAUGACCCUUAUGUGGGUCUGCCAACCGGCUGGGGUGGGGGCGUCCAUAGCUGGGAUGGCUAUUUCGAAGGCGGCCUCGGCGUUGGGACAGGCGGAAAUGUCAGCACCUAUGUGAACAAUCAGGGAUAUGUCAGCAUCGGCGACCGCCUCGAAGUUCAGAACUCGGUGCGUGUGAUGCAGAACGGCUGUGCCUUCAACGUCGGCAAUGCGUGUUUCUAUGGCGACAAUGACAAUCUGGCCAUCCGGGCACCUGGAGCAGCCUAUGUGCAGCAUGCCGACGGCAGCGCGGCCGAUCUUGGAGCGGGGAAUGUUUCAGCCACCACUGUUCGGCUGGGAACCGAUAAUGGCAAUGCGUGGCCAGGAAACGGGUGCAGUCCGAACGGCGCGUUAGCGACCAAAAAUGAUAACUCUGGACUGCUUCUGGUGUGUCAAAGCGGUGUCUGGCGUGCACCACAGGCCCAGAUCUCAGGUUAUGUGCCGACCACAACAAAUGGUUUUGCCGGCUACAACCGGACGAACAGCAUCACGGGCGGUUACAGCUGCCCUGCCGGCACAGAAGACCUCGGGAUCGAGACCAUCUGGUACGGCAAUUAUGGAUACUCAACCCUUCAUCUGUGCAGCGCCCAAUGA